AUGGGAUAAAGGUAUAACGGGAUGCAGCAACAUUCUUCCCACUCUUUAAUCUCCUUAAAUAUUUUUGUUGAUAGCUCAUUAAAAUAGGGAGGUUUUCGUCAUUUCAAUUUUCAACCCAAAAAUUUUCAAAUUCAUUUUGCUCCUGCAACUCCUCUCCCUCCCCAUCGUGAACGACAGCUCACAACAAAAUAAUAUAACACCAAUCAGAAAUUAAAGAUUCCUUCCAAUGGAGUUUGGGAUCCAGCUUAAGUUAAUUAGAACUUAUUAUAAUUUUGAUCUUCUUGAUCCUUGGAAAAAAUAAAUGAAAGGGGAUCAAUUUGAAAAUAGGAACGUUUACCAUUCUUUAACCUAAUUAUUGGGGAUAGAGAGAUAGUGGGAGUUGGCCCAAAUUUGAUUCCUUAGGAUCUAAUCUUUCUGUUAUGCACCUUUUCCAUGAACAAGUAUUGAAUGUGAAGUUGAGAUUAGAGAGAAAAAAAUGAAAGUGAAAGAUACAAUGAGUAAGAGUUUAGUGUGUUUAGCAGUGUUCAUUUUGUUUCUGUUUGGUUCAUUGUUGUACACGGGAAGAAUAGAUUACAGAUCAAGUUUUUCGCUAUUCGAUUCCCCGCUGAGUAAAGCUACGCCCUGCUUCACUGAAUCGGAACCUCUGAAGGUUUACAUGUACGAUCUAGAGAUGAAAUACAACGUUGGUUUGUUGAAAGGCUCACAUUAUAAUGCUGCUCCUGUGACUAUUGAGACUUUGCCAGAGUGGCCAAAAUAUACGGGUUUGAGGAAACAACAUAGUGUGGAGUAUUGGAUGUUGGCCUCAUUGUUGUAUGCAAGUAAUGAUGAAACCCGAGAGGCUGUUAGGGUUUUGGAUCCAGAAUCAGCUGAUGUAUUUUUUGUGCCUUUUUUCUCUUCCUUGAGUUAUAAUACUUACUAUAGACAUGGGAAUGAUUCAGAGGUCAAAUUUGAUGAUCAAUUGCAGGCUGAAAUUGUUGAUUUCUUACGAAAGUCUGAACAUUGGAAGAGGUCUACUGGUCGGGAUCAUGUGAUCCCAAUGCAUCAUCCAAAUGCUUUCAAGCGUUACCGGGAGAAGGUGAAUGCUGCUAUUUUCAUUGUUGCAGAUUUUGGUCGUCCUCCUCCCACUGUGUCUAAUUUGAGGAAAGAUGUAGUGUCCCCAUAUGCACACGUGGUUGAAACUUUUGAAGCUGAUGACAUUUCUGACCCAUAUGAGUCCCGUACAAAGCUUCUUUUCUUCCGGGGGAGGACAGACAGGAAAGAUGAUGGAAAAGACCGUCAGCAAUUGAAAGACAUGUUAAGUGGUCAAAAGGAUGUUGUCUUUGAAGCAGCAGGAAUCUCGGGGAAAGGUGUAAAUGAAUCAACAAAUGGGAUGCGUUCCUCAAAGUUCUGUCUACACCCAGCAGGGGACACCCCAUCAUCUUGCCGCCUCUUUGAUGCUAUAGUUAGCCAUUGUGUUCCUGUAAUUGUUAGUGACAAAAUUGAGCUGCCUUUCGAGGAUGAAUUGGACUAUACCAAGUUCUCAAUAUUUUUCUCACGCCAUGAGGCAAAGAAAGAAGGAUACAUGCUUGAUCAGCUCAGGACCGUUUCAAAAGCUAGAUGGCUUGAAAUGUGGGGCUAUCUGAAGAACAUUACCCAUCAUUUUGAGUACCAGUACCCUCCGAAAAAGGGUGAUGCUGUAAACAUGAUAUGGAGGCAGGUCAAGCACAAGCUUCCUGCUACCAAACUUGAUGUACAUAGAAACAGGAGGCUGAAAGUGCCAGAUUGGUGGAGAUAGUGCUUGAAGCUUGCUGGUAUUAUACUGUACAUUUGUAUACAUUCAUAGGCAAAAAUCCCUCAAGGGGAACUCUUAAUCGAACGAAGACAGUAAUAAUUGCGUUGAGAUAAUAUUAACAUUAGUUGAACAAUUCUGGGUCCUCUUUUUCCUGGAGACUGGGUUGGAUUUUGCAACGAUAGCUUACCCAACAUUUGUAUGGUACUGUAGCAUAUUCUUUCAUUGCAAUAUUAGAGGCUGAGAUAUAUCAUUUUCCCACUA